AUGGCUCAUCAAGGUGUGCUCAUCAAGGUGUGCUCAUCAAGGUGUGCUCACCAAGGUGUGCUCAUCAAGGUGUGCUUACCAAGGUGUGCUCACCAAGGUGUGCUCAUCAAGGUGUGCUCAUCAAGGUGUGCUCAUCAAGGUGUGCUCACCAAGGUGUGCUCACCAAGGUGUGCUCAUCAACGUGUGCUCACCAAGGUGUGCUUGCCAAGGUUUGCUCACCAAGGUGUGCUCAUCAAGGUGUGCUCACCAAGGUGUGCUCAUCAAGGUGUGUUCACCAAGGUGUGUUCACCAAGGUGUGCUCACCAAGGUGUGCUCACCAAGGUGUGCUCAUCAAGGUGUGCUCACCAAGGUGUGCUCACCAAGGUGUGCUCAUCAAGGUGUGCUCACCAAGGUGUGCUCAUCAAGGUGUGUUCACCAAGGUGUGUUCACCAAGGUGUGUUCACCAAGGUGUGCUCACCAAGGUGUGCUCACCAAGGUGUGUUCACCAAGGUGUGUUCACCAAGGUGUGCUCACCAAGGUGUGCUCAUCAAGGUGUGUUCACCAAGGUGUGUUCACCAAGGUGUGUUCACCAAGGUGUGCUCACCAAGGUGUGCUCAUCAAGGUGUGUUCACCAAGGUGUGUUCACCAAGGUGUGAGUAG